AAACAAAAAGGAUUCACACGUGACAUUCAAAUUUGCAGUUUUAAGGAUGAUAAUGAUCUUAACAGACAGGAAGAGUAGAAUACUAGAAUCUGCCUUUGUUAAUAUGUUAAGUUGAGAAUAAAGGUACUCGUAAUGCAAAAGAUGCAAGACUUGCUAUCGAAGUAAUGCUAUAAGAACUUGUAGCUUUUUGAAGAUAUUGAUUGAAGUGCAAAAUCUCAUUCUCAGUAUAUAUAUGCUUGGAUGGUCCAACUGAUCUUAUCUUCCAUCUGCAUACACAUAUAUAUCCCAAAUGUCGAUUCAUGAGGCUGAUACUCCCAACAGUAGAGCAGCCCAAGUGCCUGACUGGUUAAAUUCUGUCAUUGAUAUACCUGGCUCUUCAGUAGGUACAGCGCCACAUGAUGAAGAGUCGACACAAGAAAUACAUUUCAGUAUGCCUUCUAUACUUACCAAUCUUAUGAUAAAGGAACUUUAUCACAAGUUCUUUGGUCCCCGUGUUGUUUCCAUUGGUCCACACUUCCACAAAUUACCUCAUGUUAAACCCAUGGAGAAUUUCAAACGGAAAGCAGUGAGGGAAUUAGCAGAAAGAGUAAAAAACGAUGUAUCCAUUGAACAGGUGUAUGCAAGUGUAGAAGAACACUUGCUCAAAACUCGGAAAUGUUACUCUCCUCAAUUCGAACAAACGAGUGACCCUAUGUGAUGUCAGAUGAUGUUCCUCGACGCCUGCUUUAUUAUUGAAUUCAUCUGCAACGACAAUAUAAUUACUAGUGGCAGGAGGAGCUGGUUGAAUAUGAAGAAACAUGAUAGAGAUUUGGUGCGUCAUGACCUAUUAUUGUAUGAUAAUCAAUUGCCUUUCCAGGUCAUAGAUGCGCUAGCACGGGCAUUUAGAUGUGACGAGUUUACAUUGCACCUUUUAACAAGAAGGUUCCUCCAAAUGCCGUUUUUAAACAUAUCUUCUGCUCCAACUCCUACGUAUCUUGAUUAUAUCAAGGGUGUCUCUUAUCUUCAACAUCAGCAGGGGGAGGCUCAAGCUCCUGUACAUCUUCUUCAGUAUUAUAGAGACCUAUGGAUCAAUGUUUUAUUUGGAGAUGAUGCAGAAGAAGAAGACAACAACGACAACAAAGAAGAAGAAGAUCAUCUUGCGGUGUUCCCACCUUUCACAGACACAGAGUUGAAGAAAGCAGAGGAAGAUCUUAAGGAGCUGCGAGCCAGAGGAGUAAUCCAGAUCAACAUCGUUGCUGGUGAUGAUCAAUUGAUUAGAUUCUUGAGAAACAUAGCACAACCUACCGAGUCCAAUCCUCAAGCUAUUUGGAAUGUCAAACGACAGAUUUCUAUUUAUUUCAGAAGUAAACGCUUCUCCCUAGUAGUUGCCUGUGCUGAAAUGAAGCAAAGGUACUUUAGUGGUCCUUGGAGUUUUCUUGUGUUCCUUGCUGUUAUUUUCACGGUUGGUAUGACUGUAAUUCAAACUGUCCUCACAGGCAUUCAGACUUACAAAUAGACUGACUGUGCACCCCUAUCAACAUUUUAUUCUGCAUUUUUCUUGAACGUGCUCUUGUAUCUUCACAAGUUGUAUUUGAAUAAAACAGUAACAUGGCCUCGUCACCUGCA